UCAAUGCACAGCAUAUCCCAGCCGUAGGCCUACCGUGUCGCGUCUCGCGGCAGCGUCUUGUGGAGGUUCCCCUGUUUUUAUCAUGUUGAUGUACAUGAUGUACAUGUAGGCCUAUGUGCAGUCAUGGAGGAAUAAAAACACUCCAUGGUUCAGUUUUGGGUUUGCAUCGCCGAUCGUGUCCCUCAUUAUCACUAUAUUAUCACUAAUCUCGCAUAUCUCAGAUACCUGGAACUGACUGGUGGAAAGCAACUAGGCCUACAUGUACCACUCCGUUUGCGUUAAUAUCGCUUCGGCUUAGCUUCAUCAUCAGAUUUACGAGCGCUUGCUGUUGUGAUUGUCGACAGAAAAUCAGUAAAUGGCUGGACGGCUGUCACCCCCAGGUUCUUUGGAAGAUGGGAACUGCCACAGAAACAAAAUACCCCUCAACGACGACGAGAGAAGACAACAAUAACCACAUGCACACCAUCCAGGGAACCAACCGCUUUGGCCGAGCUCUGAAGGGCGUGUCAGCCCUCCUCCUGCUCGUUUUUAUCUUUGCCUACACAACUCGGACGUUCAGCAGGAUGAGCACCGUCCAGAACAAUGAGGAGGUGCAGUCAUUUAAGUACCGCAUGGGAAGCCUCCGGCAGACGGAGAUACAUGUAAAGGCCGACAGGCUAACAGUGGAACAAGAUCAUGAGGGAAAGCUGCAGAACAACUCAUCAGCAUCAAGUCAUAGUGUGAUGCACACGGACAUUGUUGGAAAUGACAAAGAAGAUGGUAUACAGGGUACCGGGCCAGAGAAUGCCAACAUCAGGCCCAUCUCUGUUGAUAAAAGCAAUGACAACAACAGCAGCAGCAGAGGCAGUGAGAAAGACAGAGAAGUUCAUACGCUGUUCUCCACUUUGCACCCAUCAUAUGACGAAAUUGAGCUCGGAGAAAACAGCGGAAUACCAACCACACAGUUUCUUGAAGUCAGCCGUGCUCUAAGACCAUUACUAGAUGCAAUAGGAUCUUCUGUGAGUCUCGUUGAAGGUGACAUGAAAGGAAAUGCUGAUAAACUUCAGCGGGUGUAUAAUGAGAACCCAUCCCAGUGCCAAACUAUUCAAGACAUGUUGACCUUUGACAUCAGGAUGGGCCGAGCUAAGGACAAUGAGAGAUCCGUGAUUUCCCUGAUGUGGUUUAAAAGAGCUUACGAAUUUAUCGCAAGAUUCAUGAACUACGUAGUAGAUGGGACAGAGCCAACCAAAGCAGCCCAUACUGCAUAUGAAGAGGUGCUCAGCCGAUACCACAACUUCUUCAUUAGCUACUCUUUUAGGCUUGCCAUGAACCUGCUGCCGUCUCGAGAACAACUCUUCAAGAAAUUUGUCGUGGACAAUGCUGACCUCAACCGGCCCGGCUGGGAGGCAAGGGUCACGGCCGACAUGAAGCAGUACUUCGCGGGCAUGGAACGCAUCCUGGCGAUCCUGCGAGAGUUUUACACCGAGCACAACCUGGAAAACUGACACUUUGUUGGGGUUCGUACAACUGUAUGUGCCAAACUGCUGCUCCUUAAGGGUGGGCACGUAGGCGCCCUUGCCCCAUUCUUUGCCGUAAUUGUUUUAUUAAAUGUAUACUGUGGGUACAGAACUGAGUGGAUUAAAAUAUUCUAAGCAGGUUUCAGUCUUUAAUCAGGCCUCCCAUAAAUAAACGAAGCUGUUUUGCUUGCAACAGAGAUUGUUUUAUUUUGUGGCUGCAAUACCCAAAUUAUCGUUGUACUCUUUGGAACGAAAACAGUACUUUGCUUUGAUGGGUAUAUAUAUAUGUAUGUAUUUCCCAAACUUUUCGGUUUGCACUCGAAAUUCAGAGUUGCCAGUGUUUGUAAAAGAUUUUAUUAAAUAGAAGUUUUAGUGAACUAACAAGUUGUGGAAGGAGUAUAUUUUAGGAAGUAAUAAAAGGGUGAUCCGCCUUAAGCAGGAGUACUCCCUUUUCCCAAAUGCUGGGAUUGCCAAUUCAACCACUUUGUGCUGGAGGACGUUUCAACACACCCUGGCUAACUGUAUACAGAGGUAAGGCUGACGGGGCAAAAUGUCAAGACUAACUUAAACAUGCUAAUCCCUCGUGUGUGCUGUACAUGCUAAGUCUGUGGAGGUGGGCCCUGUGUUGAUUGUGGAUCUUGUAGCAAAUAUCGCUCUAUGGGCACAUCCUAGAGUGUUGACAAAUACAGGCUUUUGAGGUAUGAAAUAGUGUUCCGACAGCCAUUACAGUCUUUGUUGCAUUUUGCCUCCACUCGAAAGUCGAAAUUUUUGGCCACUGUCCUCGAGUGGAUGAAGGCUUCGUUGCAGGUAGAAAAGACAGACCUUGGUGUUGUUUUGAUGCUUCAUUCUUGCAUCUCGUCUUUGACCUCAGCAUACCUUGAUGGCUGAAGAAAGCAGCUCUGCUCUGUUUGGAAUGUUGACAUUUUUUAUUUAGAGAACUUUACAAGAAGUUUUUAAGUUUGUAAUUAAUUUCUAAGCUGUUACACCAACUCAAUGAAAAUGCAUUGAUUUGGGCUGCCAACAGUUUUGUAGCCUAGAGAACUUAAAAAAACGUGUGACUGGUAAAAGAUGGCAUGUGUGCUUAUGUUUUUAGGAUUUUCUUCUGUAUUUUUGUACACACUUACAUUGUCAUGGAGAGGAAUACAUGUAUGUCCUUUGGUCCGUAUCUGUGGAUAUUAUUCUUAAUCGUUUUUAAUGAAAUGAAAACUAUCUGGAAUUAUUUAACUCAAAACUGUUGUUUCUAUUCUGAAAUUCUACAUUGAUCAUCAGGUAAUUGUGGCUUAAAUCAACUGAAAUCUUGAAGGUACUUUAAAUUCAAAAAAAAAAGUUAAAAAAUGAUUCCUUUAUGUGGUUUAUCUCUCUGGGGUUGAAGAGAAGGUUAACAAGUUUUACCUUUUCUAAUUUUGUUUCUAAUUUUGAUGAUUUAUUGUCGGUAUUCUAUCUCUUAGUACGGCUGGAACAUGUAAACAUUUUUUUCAGAUUACUUAUUUGAAAGGAAAUUCGAAAUUUAUACUUUAUGUAAUGUUUUCUAUUGUCAAUUCUGAUACUAAGCAGAUCAAGACAUAUUAUGUAUUCAUACUUACAUUUUAAAAAUUGUGUCUUGAAGUAGUUCAGUGUUAUAUUCUGUUCCAUUUUACAUAUUCUGCAUAUUGGCCUUCAGACUAUGUAUAUAUACCCAUGUACCACUUUAAUGUAUUCAUUAUUGACCUCAUUUAUAUUCAUGGCUAGUUUCAGUACUGCUGCUAUCAUUGUCAUGAGUAUAGGAGUGGAUUAAAAUCAGAAUUACGCAAUCUUCAAGGAAAGUUGAAA